GACAGAGCCUGGAAUAUAGCUGGAAAAUACGAAAGAAACCCUCUCAUACAUAUGUAUGUAUGCUGUGCGCGUGUGUGAGUGUGGUGCAUUCAAGGCUGAUAAAACAACACAAAAAAACAGAGCAAGUGACUAACUAAAAGGCGACAAACACAAAACUACGCGCUAUUCAUUACGCACGGAGCAACAACAAUAAAAAUCAUGGAAGCAGUUGCCAAACACGAUUUCUCCGCGACGGCCGACGAUGAGCUUAGUUUUCGCAAAACUCAAAUCCUAAAGAUACUAAACAUGGAGGACGAUUCAAAUUGGUAUCGUGCCGAAUUGGAUGGCAAAGAAGGUCUCAUACCCAGCAAUUACAUAGAAAUGAAAAAUCACGACUGGUACUAUGGACGCAUCACGCGCGCCGAUGCCGAGAAGCUGCUAUCGAACAAACAUGAAGGUGCCUUCUUGAUACGCAUCAGCGAAUCCAGUCCCGGCGAUUUCUCCCUUUCAGUCAAAUGUCCCGAUGGUGUGCAGCAUUUUAAAGUUCUGCGCGAUGCGCAAAGCAAGUUCUUCCUCUGGGUGGUAAAAUUCAACUCCCUCAACGAGCUGGUGGAAUACCAUCGGACGGCGAGCGUGUCACGAUCACAGGAGGUCAAAUUGCGAGAUAUGAUACCUGAAGAGAUGCUCGUGCAGGCGCUGUACGACUUUGUGCCACAGGAAUCCGGAGAAUUGGACUUCAGACGCGGCGAUGUCAUCACCGUCACAGACCGAUCCGACGAGAACUGGUGGAACGGCGAGAUUGGCAACAGGAAAGGAAUCUUCCCAGCCACUUAUGUGACGCCAUAUCAUUCAUAAUAAGAUAAAUAUCUGAAGGACACACGCACCCUACUCCCCACAGAAACACAGAAGAAGCAAAAUCAACAACAACCACAACAGAUUACUAAACACAAAUUUUUAAAUAUUUAUAUACAAGCAAGGGGAUGGAUGGUUGGAUCGAACUCGUAGAUCGCGUAUAUACAUACGAGUAUACGAAACUCUAAGCCUACAUACAUAUGUAUAAGCCGAAUGCAUUUUUUACAUUUUGACGUUUUUUGAUACUACAAACAUAGCAGAAAAUGAGAAAAGAAAAACACACAACUCACACAAUAGUAGUAUGUAUAAUUAAAGCCCCUAAGCAUCCAUUUACUACAUUUAAAACGAAAUAUAUAUACAUAUAUAUAUGUGUAUGUGUAUAUAGAGGUGCGUCCAAGGUGGGAGAGCGAGCCUAAGACGUUAGUUCAUAGUCCCAGACCAGACCCAAAACCCAAUAAGUAAAGAGUUUCACAGUUAAGGAGAGAGUGGAGUGCCAACACUUGGACCGCAACGAUAUGCACAUACGAAUAUAUAUUUGCAGAAGAGACACAUACAUGCAUACAAUAACAAAACGAACACGAACAUGAUGAUGACGAUGGCACUAUUAUUAUUGUAAACGAACCGAUUUUUGAUAUAAAUAUUAUACUAUAUACAUAUAACAUAAGAUCGAUAGAGAGGAAUAUUUGUGUCCUGUGCUUCGAAGCGAGUGUGCAGCUCCUUAGGGAGGAGGAGGAGGAGGAGGAGGUAGAAGAGAGCAAACACUUUAAUUAAUUAUGAUAUAACAAAUUACCAACAAACCCAAACUAUUGCUUAACAAAUUUAUAGAAAACAAAACAAAAAAAUUCACUAUGAAAAGAAACAAACUUUUGCCUAAAUGUCUCAACAAAACUGAAGACAACUAAAACAAAAUUUAUAUUAUAUUAUCGUAAAUGAUUACCAAGUAAAUUAAAUUAAUUUUUGCAUCGCUGGUUACUAUAUACAUACGAUAAACACACACACACACACGAUCGUAUAUACAUUCAUAAUGCAAAUCGAACGAUAUUAUAUAUUAUGUAAGCCACCGGCAGCACACAUGCACUUCUCGCGGCUUUUAAAACUGACAUUAACACUCUAAAUUGUGUGCAAUUUUGUUUCCCCCAUUUCCAAAUUGCGAAAUUUUCAAUAAUUUGUUACUUUUGGAAGUCAGUCUGCUGCCUGCUACAUGCUGCCUGUGUUUUCUCGAUUAUAUGUUUAAACCAAUUGUGAAAAUGGAAGCGAAAAAUGUGUGACAUGUGUAAAAAGUUUGAAACUGCUUGCUAUAUUACAUUGUGCUAUAAAUUAUUACAUAAAACUAUUGUAUUUAUAAAAUGGAAUGGAAUGGGUUGAGUCCUGUGUAUGCUUAUUUGUCAUCAUUUGCCGACGACACAGAAUGGAUAUUCUUACUUGAGCAUUAUUUGACUACAUAACUAUAUAUGCAUACAAAAAUGAAAUGAAAUGUAAUGAGAGUUGCCAAUAUAAGUAAUUUAAAACAAACGAAAACAGAA